AUGAGUGCGAGAUGCAGUCCGCGCGCGAGUGAGGGAGGGGGGUGGGCGUGGCCGGGCGGGGCCCGAGGCUCCGCCCCGCCGCGGGGAGGGGGCGGCCGCCAGCAGCGCGCGGCGCGCAGUAGCGGCCCAGACCUCGCCGGGGGAGGACAUGCGAGCGCGCGAGUGAGGCAGCUCUGCACCCUGGAGGGCGGCGCGGCGAGCAUGACGGUGCUGCGAGUGGGUGCGCUGAGGGACGAGCCCGGGGGCGGCGCGGGGCGGCCGGACAAGAGCUCGCCGCCGCCGCCGCCGCCGCCGCGCUUCAGCUUCAGCGUGGAGGCGCUGCUGGCCGACACGAGGCCCGCGCGGCCCGCCUCCUGCUCGUCCUCCGAGGCCAGCGACGAGCUGGACGUGGAGGCGGCCGGCUCGCCGCCCCCGGGCCCCGCCGCCUGUGUGGCGCCCGUGCGCCCCACGCCCUUCUCGGCGCUGGCGGCGGCCUACUCGGCCAGCCUGCAGCACCAGCAGCAGCAGCAGUGGGCGGCGUCGCUGUACCCCGUGUUCGGCGGCGGGCCGGCGCUGCCCUUCGGCGGCCUCGCGGGCUCCCCAGACGGGGCGCCAGGAGAAGGACCCAAGCUCAAGUGCAACCUGCGCAAGCACAAGCCCAACCGCAAGCCUCGCACGCCCUUCACCACGCAGCAGCUGCUGUCCCUCGAGAAGAAGUUCCGGGAGAAGCAGUACUUGUCCAUCGCCGAGCGCGCAGAGUUCUCCUCGUCGCUGCACCUCACCGAGACCCAGGUGAAGAUCUGGUUCCAGAACCGCCGCGCCAAGGCCAAGCGGCUGCAGGAGGCGGAGAUCGAGAAGCUGAAGAUGGCGGCGGUGGCGGCGGCCCGCCCCCACGGGCUGUACGGCCCCGCCGGGCCCUACUUCCACCCCCACCACCCGCACCACCCGCACCAGCCGGGGGCGGCGCCCCACCCCCACGAGCUGCUCGCGCACCACGCGCACCUCAGCGCGCUGCUCGGCAGGCACCCCAUGCUGCCGCCCCCGGGCCUGUGCGCGCCGCCCCCGCCGCCCCCGGCGCCGCGGCCGCCCUCGCCGCUCUCCUAACGGCGCCCCCUCACCUCGUAGCUCUCUGGAGGAGUGCAACACCUCUCUCACUUCGCGACUCUUUGGAAGUGCGGGACCUGUGACCUCGUGAUGGACUCCAGGAACCCGUCUCUCACCUCGUAGCUCUCUGGAGGAGUGCAACACCUCUCUCACUUCGCGACUCUUUGGAAGUGCGGGACCUGUGACCUCGUGAUGGACUCCAGGAACCCGUCUCUCACCUCGUAGCUCUCUGGAGGAGUGUAACACCUCUCUCACUUCGCGACUCUUUGGAAGUGCGGGACCUGUGACCUCGUGAUGGACUCCAGGAACCCGUCUCUCACCUCGUAGCUCUCUGGAGGAGUGCAACACCUCUCUCACUUCGCGACUCUUUGGAAGUGCGGGACCUGUGACCUCGUGAUGGACUCCAGGAACCCGUCUCUCACCUCGUAGCUCUCUGGAGGAGUGCAACACCUCUCUCACUUCGCGACUCUUUGGAAGUGCGGGACCUGUGACCUCGUGAUGGACUCCAGGAACCCGUCUCUCACCUCGUAGCUCUCUGGAGGAGUGUAACACCUCUCUCACUUCGCGACUCUUUGGAAGUGCGGGACCUGUGACCUCGUGAUGGACUCCAGGAACCCGUCUCUCACCUCGUAGCUCUCUGGAGGAGUGCAACACCUCUCUCACUUCGCGACUCUUUGGAAGUGCGGGACCUGUGACCUCGUGAUGGACUCCAGGAACCCGUCUCUCACCUCGUAACUCUCUGGAGGAGUGCAACACCUCUCUCACUUCGCGACUCUUUGGAAGUGCGGGACCUCUGACCUCGUGAUGGACUCCAGGCACCUGUCUCUCACUUCGUAGCUCUCUGGAGGGGUGGAGAAAACAACGACUCUAUCAUUUCGCGACUCUUUGGAAGUGUGGGAGCUCUGACCACGUGACUCUUCGGGAGCUCAGAACUACCCUUGACCUGGUGACUAUGGAGGUGAGGACUUUGUGACUGUUUGGUGGUGCGGAGGCAGAUAUCUUAUGCGCAAGAGUUGGAACGUGAUUCCUCGAGGCGUGCGAGUUGGAACCUCAACAUGAAACUGCGACUCUAUGGAGGUGCGGAUCCCCGGGUCUCCCUGGUGUAAAGCCCAACAAUUUCCCGAAUGCGGCCGAAGCAAGUGGUUCUUGAACCGCAUUCAGCUUUCAAUCAUGAGAAAGCUUAGAAAGUAUUACACACACACGAUUAAUUCAAGGGUAGAUCGACCCACCCUGAAGAACAAGAGACCAAUAAAAAAAUACGUGUAAAACCAGAACAGAAGUGGCGUGUCUGUCUGCCUCCAAAGAUGAUGGACCACGGAGCCAGUCAGCGGUGGGUUCCAUGACCGAUCGGACCAACCAAUCAAAAAUGAAUUUAAUGAUAGAUUACCAAAGAAGAAACUUCAACACUUUAGACGGCAGAUUAACAUUUUAAUAGUCAAGUGAAACUUUUUACAUAGAGUGUAGCAGAUGACACGGACAAUAUUCGUAACAUAAGGUCCGUUUGGUCAUUAAAAAUGUUUCGUAAACUAAAACUGUCAAUAAAAUUAUUUUCUCGCGAGUUUGGUUUUUAAAUGACCAAACGGAGCUUACUUUACGAAUAUCCCUCGUACAUUCUAUGUCUGCUGGCUUCUAGUUCCUGACCUCCACAGAAUCUUACCUCGCGGUUCGCUGACCCGCGUGGCAAAGGUCAAAACAUCACCAGUUUUCCUGUCACGUGACACCUCUGCUUCUAGACCGUUCAUCGGUUCUUCGAGCACACACGCAGUUUCACCCCAUUUUGUGUCCAGUGGUUGUGCUUCAUGUAUUCGGCUGCUGGUACAGCUGUCAGUAACUUGUCCGCGCAAACAUUUUCUACGCACCAGCAAGCCAACUGCGUGUAUGCCGUCCCAAAUGGACAUUAACUACCAAACUACUCAUUACACUUGAGUUUUAACAGACUUAGCAGUUAAUGCUAUAUUAAUUAAAUUACACAAGUCUUAAACAAUUUAUGUCAUGGUGAUAAUACAUCUAUCUGUACCUUAAUUCACCAUGUUCCGUCUUCUCGUCUCCGGGUUAUAGUGUUGCAUUCCGGACUCGACAGAGAGAAAAUCUUGGAAACAGCUGAUGAACAAAACUGCUCUGGCAUAAUGAAUGUUGUGUUAAGUUUAGUGAAGUACCAUUUUCCGAAAUCAUAAGUAAAAUAAUCCAAAAUGCAGGACAGUGUUAUCAAACAGACGCUCUUUAUAAAUGCUAAGUUUUGAAAAAUAAGAUUUGUUAGACAUAAUAAUAGUCCCUGUAUGAAAAUCAGCCUGGGAAUUCAUGCAUUGUAAUUUACAACAAGAUCGGAAUAAUAUGUGUGAAUUUGCAUUGUUAAGUUGCCAAACAAGUAAUGUCCACAUCCGAACAUGCAAAAAGAGUAUAAAUUUGUUACAUUCUCUUUUCUUCUGGUAUCCAGAACAUUGUUAGAGCCCUACCACUUGGCGGUAUUCGUUAGCAGCAUCUGCGCACUGCCACGACUGCGCCGCAGUUGGUCCGACACGCGCUAGAAGGCAUCGAGGCAGUCAUCGCCCGAGCUAGCAGCAAGUGGGUCAGUGAGAGGUGAGAGCACAAGGGGCAAUCAAUGAACUGUGUGUCAUACCUGGAGAGUGACUAGGACUGUGCAGGCGGGGUUUCGACCCCAGGACGUGGUUGGUAGGAGUGGGGCGGAGAAUUGCGGUGUAAUUAUCUGCCGCGCGCCGACACACUGCCCAGGGACAAUCUCUCCCGAGGGCUUAUCGGCUACGACGUCACGCAUCUGGCAUCGGGGCGGGGGGGGGGGGGGGUAGAGUAGGGGUCACAGCCCUUGUCAAACCAGCCGUCCCACCACAGACUCGUCAGUCCGAAAUACUUAACAUGUGAUUGCAAACAAAUUUAUGGUAACUGAUGAUAACAUACUCCUCUGUUAUGCUGAAACGUUUUAUCUCAAAAAAUCACUGUAGCUUUCUUAUUAUUUUUCUAUGGCAGAUAGGUAGAACCACAAUAAUUUCGUCUUCAUCGGGUGGCGCAGUAGACUUGAAGCACAUACACAUCUGCUUCGCGUUGCUGAUUGGACCACAGGACUCUUGAUACGUCCUUGACGACCCAGAGCCAGUUGUAAACUAUAAGUAAACACGGGUGCCUCCCCCCAGGCACUUUACCUUGUUAUCGCCAAUGAGCAUUCUUAAAAGGCUAGAACAGUGAAAUUGAAUCCACAAAUAAUCGUAGCUCUACUAAUACGUGUGUCAACGAAAUCUUAAGCCCAAAUAAAAUGCAGAGCAACUUAAAUGUAUGCUGUGAAUCCAAGUUUAUUAUAGUUUGAAGGGCUGUAAUACUUCUUUAUUCACACAAACCAUUAGUUUAACACAUUUCACUGGAAUGUCGAAUACAAUUUACGUUUAACUUAGCAUAGCUAUUUUCAGGCGAAUCUCGGACCUUCAUUGGCUGAGCAACCGCGUUCCUGUUGGCCCAUUAGAGCGAGGACAAGCAAAUCUUCCCGGCUACAGUCAACAAGGAAACAAACUGUUCAAAAUAUUAACAGUCAUGUAUUUCCGUGAAGUACAUUUUAAAAUGUGAUUGUUCUCUUGACAAGCUGAACGUGACUGUGCGUAAGGUGGGCUACACUGGCUAUCCGAGUCAAAUUAACUAAAAUACUUUUUUUUAUAAAUUUGUAUUUUUGUCACAGAUAAAAACUGCAGUAAAUACACAUUUCGUAGAGAGCCGGAAAGUUAGAAAAUUAGUUUGGUGUCAUGCUAAAAUUCUUAGCCUUAUGUUUGCUCUACCAACAUUUUCUUUUCCAUUGGCUGAUUUCUUAGAGACAACAUUUUGUCCUUGUUAGCUCUGACUACCUUCGCUUUCUAGGCGUCGUUGGCUCACGCUGGCACUGGGGUCCAAUCAUGAACACAGUCCGAGAGUACGAACGUUUGCAAUCUAACUUGCGACAAAACGAAUCAGCAAAAUUUAAUAUACCUCAAUUCAUUUGGAGCAGUUUCCAAAAAAAAUUUCACUGAUGGUUUGGUCAGACAGAGCGCUGGGCUUCGUUUAUAGGAUGGUUUAGAACAGGAAAUGUGCUGCUGACUUUUAUAAAAUGCAUGUUACUAGGACACGAUUAUAUUAGAAAAUAUUAAAAAGUCAAAAUGUUAGAGACUGUUGGUUAUGUGUGGUGGGGAAAAAAAAUUAUAGUUCUUAUAGGCCUAUCAAAAUAUUUUGUUUGUUAAAUGAAUAUGAUGAGUAACAAUGUCGGUUUUCUGACAUAACAAAAUCUACAUUUUUACUUACCAAAUCAUUCGUCGGCUGUAAAAAUUUUUCUUCUGUCAAACAUUUGCUUUUGUGAACUAUGUUUUGUUGACGGAAAGAUGCUGAUGUUUUUGAAUCACAAGUAACUUUUCAAUAAAUUUCACAUAAAAAUAUUUAGGUUGCACAUUCUUUACAAUUUCGUUACUUUUUAUCCACUGGUGCAAAACAAUUAAAAUCUGGUAGUAAAUAACAAAUAAUAUAAAUAAACGUAGAAGUUAUACGUGCAAUAUGUGUAGAAUAUAAUCUCGUGUUCUGUCAACCAUAUUAGGCUGGACGUUCAAGUAAAAUAACACAUGUUAUGCUUUUUUAUAAACAAAACUUCCAGCAAACAAGAACGCUAAUUAUAGCUAUAUAUUUUGUACGACGAAUGGUAUAUGAAAUGAACUCGAAGGUAUACCAAAUAUUUCUAUGAACUAUCUAUAUAUCAGUUAAUGUUUUCUUACGUCAUUGACUGUACGUACUUAAUGUAUAUAAGUUAUAAAAUGCUGUAAAUAUGUAUUGAAUUUAGUUUCAUUUUAGAGAAAUAUAUGAACUGUAUUAUAUACAAA